UCCUCCUGUGUAAAACAAUGAAAACAUUAACUGUUGCUCUAAAUUCUUCAUUUUGUCCGACAAGGGUAUGCAAACUUUUGCACUCAGCUGUGUAACCACAUUAACUGUCAAUGCCCUUAUCGUAGCGGCGGGGAAAACAAUAAUAUUCUGCUGUAGCUGUAUUCAGGAAACCGAAGACGGGUAGGAAAGCCCUGCUUAUCAUCUGAGAAAUGCUCCAUUAGGUUGCAGAUGUUCGAUUUCCUUUUUUCUCUCUGCUUGCUGUAAGAGGAGGAGACACUGAGGAGAGACGAUGCCGGUUCCCCCACCGCCCCCUCCUCCCCCACCCCCGACCCUGGCUCUGGCCAACACGGAGAAGCCCACCCUGAACAGAUCUGAGCAGCAGGGCAGAAACGCUCUACUGUCCGACAUCAGCAAAGGAGCCAGACUCAAAAAGGCUGUUACCAAUGACCGCAGUGCGCCUGUACUCGAGAAGCCCAAAGGAGGAGGAGGAGGAGGUGGAGGGGGUGGAGGGGGUGGAGGAGGGGGUGGAGGAGGGGGUGGGUUUGGAGGUGGAGCUCCGGGAGGAUUUGGAGGUUUGUUUCAAGAUGGUAUGCCAAGGCUGCGGUCCACUAGGGAUGACUCUGGUCCCGUUCGACCCCCCAUCCUUCCUCCUGGUGCUCGAAGUUCUGGUCCACGUCCAUUUGUGGGUGGUACUAGCUCCACCCCACGUUUCUCCGGGCAACGUAAUGGCCCUUCUGACUCUCCACGUCUUCGAAUGACACCUCCACGCUCGGAAACCCCUGGAGGGCUGCCUCCACCCGUUCCUAACACUCCACGGCCCAAUCAGAGCAGUGUACAGAAUCGAGGACCUCCCCCUCUGCCUGGCGGACCCCGCUCUACUCCCCCACCUAAUCCUUCUGGAAGACAAAUGGCACCCCCACCUGUUCCAGGCGGACGUCCCUCCUCCAGUCCUUCAGCCCCGCCUCCUGUGCCUCAUUCCAGCCGCCCUCCUCUUCCCCCAGCUCCUAGUCGAGGAGAGGACCGCCCACCACCUGUUCCCCCUGGCAACCGCCCAUCCAUGGCCCUCCCACGCGAUAGCCCGCCUCCUCCCCCUCCUCCUUCUGCCAACAGCAAGCCACCUCCACCUCCUUCCUCAUCUCGUGGGCCAGCAAGCUCCGCUCCUCCACUGCCACCAGGACGACCAAAGCCCAGUGACGAGAACACGCCACGUCUUCCUCAGCGGCACCUGUCUCUCACUCCUCAUGGACCGUCCCCUCCCAUGCCCGGGAGGUCAGGCCCACUUCCUCCGCCUCCCUCUGAGAGACCGCCCCCUUUGGGCCGGAGUCCGUCUGGGCGAACCGGUCCCCUCCCACCUCCACCGCCUUCUGGACGACCAGGAAGCGUAAGUGUGAGACCAUCUGCAGCCCCGCCACCUCCGAGCAGAGUAGGGUCAGAGCCUCCUCGUGCCGGCAACAGACCGCCCCUCCCACCAGACCGACCCACUUCUGGAGGACCGCCCCCUCCUCCUCCUCCAAUGGGCAAUGGGUACCACAGUCAGGGUGCAGACGAGUGGGAAGCACGCUUCAGUUUCCGACCCGUGUCAGAUUUCCCGCCCCCAGAGCCCUACAUCCCCUGUCAGAAAACGUACCCCAGCAAAUUGGGCAGGAGUGACGGCAGAGGUUCAGUGAAAAAGGAGCGAGGUGCUCCCCCGUUGCCGCCCAUUCCCAGAUGAAGGAAGUAGACUGGACGCUCAGGGACACCUUGCCUCUUCCUCUAUAUUUGUUGUUCAUUAUUUCUUCCUCCUCAAACAUUUUUUUUUUUGCAUGUGAGGCACUUCCUUGCUGUUUGUUUGAACAUACUAUGCCAUACAUUGUUUACGACGAAGUCACAUUAAUGUCAGCGCUCGGCAGUUUUAUACAAUUGUACACACGAACAAACGUUUGCCCAUGAAACACCACGCAGUGCCUAACCUGUUCACAUUGCUGGGCCAAUGUUUGAUAUUCUUCAUGUUUUUCUGUGGGUGGGAAUGUACUCGUACUUGUAGUUUAACACACGCACAGCUAUUACACCAUGUAAUGAAUGAAUGAAUAAUCUGAAAGGGCAAGAAUGAGCUCCACAAAGCCUUUAUAUACCUAAUCUCCUUCAUUAUUCUCCCUCUUAUAGCAUUUAUUCUCUUCCUUCUCCCACUAAAUGUAUUCAUCAGGAUCAGUUUUGAUUGGUGGAAACACUUGAUGUGGUUGAUGGAAGAAAUGUGUUGCCUUAGUGUGUGUGUGUGUGUGCGUGUGCGCGUGUGUAAAACCAUUUGAAGUCUGCUUUCUGUAUACACAAGGCUCCAGUGAUCAACACAAGCUCUACAAUGCUAAGUUCUCUUUUUCAUUUAUUUUCUACCUACUUUAUGUAACACUUAAAGGAAUAAUGCAGCAUUUUUCCAAGAUAAUCUUUCUCUUGAUCCAUCAUGUCCAUAGAGUAUGUGCGAUUAUAGCAGGUAAGAACGAACUUACUCGUUUUCUCGUACUGGGAAAAUAAGGGAAAUCCAGUUUCCUCACAAACGAAAACACUUCGGUCAGUAAACAUUAAAAUACAUGGUGAUAUAACAAAACUACAACCUUUGGACUAUAAUGAACGUGCUAGGAUGAAGCAGAUGUGGUAGAAUAUCUCCUAUGGAGUUCUAUCUCAGUUUUAUCCAUUAUCCAUACGAAGUCAAAUUCUUUCCUCUAAAAAGUAUUCUCUGAAAAAAAAAAAAAAAAAAUCUCUGAAAGCCUAAAUGAUGGAAUUUGAACUUAAUUUACAAAUCUCUUUGCUUGAAGAAUUCAUGAAAGCGUUCUGCAAAAAGUUAAACAACUCCCCUUAGACUUUUAUUCAUGACUUUGAGGUAAACAGUUAAAAAAAUAAUAAUAAUUAAGUAAUGAUGGUUUAUGGUAAUCGCACAUAUACUAUCAGUGUGACCGGUAGAGACGAGGUUGAAAAUUUCUGGAGUAUUCCUUUAAUCCUUGCUGCCAUCUUUUUCCUUACUGAAGAGAAAUCAGGUGUGCGCUUAGAGCCUUGUCUGAUUCCAGAAACAUGCAAUACUCCGUGUGACUGAAGAUUACUGGGAAGUGAGUUGAUAUCGUAAUAUGAAGGAUGUGCCUUAUCAUGAUCUUUAUGUCUGUGUAUAAGGAUAUUUGUCUAGAAGAAACAAAGACGACCACAGAGUGCCUUUUUUUUUGUGUUUAUUUUUAAACGUCGAUUCUAUUUUCCUCAUGUUCAUUUCUGUACAUUCAGUAUUAAUACAACCGUUGUAUAAUUGACAAGAUGUGUUUAGUGUUUAAAAAGUGCACUUUUUUGUAUGCACAUAUCCAUGGACUGUACACUCUAUAUAAUAAGCAAAGACGCUCUGGGUGAACAUGUCACACCUUGCCAUAAUUUGACUGAAUCUGAUAUAGGAAAUAAGUUUGUGUGCAUUAGCUAGGUUUAGACAGGAUAAAGUGUUACCUUGUAUCUUCUGAUAAUCCUGCCUAUUGUCAGGCCCUACAGUCUCAUCUGCCUUUUUUUUUUUUUUUUUUUUUUUUUUUUUUUUAAAUUUCAGUUAAACUUGUAUAUAAGCAAAAAUGCACAAACUCUUGUCACAAGAAGUCACAAAGCGAAGACCAAAAAAAAUCAAACCGAACCUCUGGAUUGAAGUGUACAAUUCUGAAAAGCUGAAGGUUUAUGAAAUAUUUUAAGGCGGGUUCACAGUUUCUAUCUGAGUAUGUUUUGCACCCGUGCCUGUCAGCAAUGCCUCAGUGGUGUUACUGACCGAGGCACAUGCAGCGGUACUUCAAGACUGUUUUCUUUUUCCUCCACCAUUGUUUUAUUUGUACUCUUUGUUUUCUUGGUUUGUUCCAGCUUCUCUGCUUGUGCCUUCGUUCAUUUGUGUGGAACAUGAAAACGUGGUUGAGGUUUUCUAAAUAAAUGUUGAAGUGAACCUUUUA